AUGUCGUCAAAGAAAACUUUUCAAAGAGAUGCUGCUGCAAAUCAGUUGCUGCAAUAUGCUGAAAAACGAGAAGGUGAAAAAAAAUCCAUCACCACAAAUUCGGGUAAUCCCGUCGGCUACAAAGACGCUAGUUUAACUGUAGGCUACCACGGACCAACUUUACUCCAAGACGUAAUGCUUCUGGACGAUUUGAGUCAUUUCACCAAAGAACGCAAUCCUGAAAGGGUAGUACACGCAAAAGGUGCCGGUGCUUUUGGUUAUUUCGAGGUAACACACGACAUUACUCAAUAUACAGCUGCAAAGCCCUUUUCGGAAAUCGGCAAAAGGACGCCAAUCGCUAUGAGGUUUUCCACAGUUGCCGGCGAAAGAGGCUAUCCGGACACCGUAAGAGAUAUCCGGGGAUUUGCUAUUAAGUUUUACACCGAGGAUGGGAUUUGGGAUAUUGUUGGGAAUAAUACACCAGUAUUUUUUAUCAAGGAUGCUGCAUUGUUUUCCAGUUUUAUACAUGUCAUGAAACGGAAUCCAGUAACCAAUUUACGUCCAGAUUACGAUAUGUUUUGGGACAUGGAAUCACUAAGACCCGAAACAACCCAUCAAACUCUAAUAACCUUUUCUGACAGAGGCAUACCAAGAUCCUACAGGCAUAUGCACGGGUACGGCUCACAUACUUAUGGAUUCGUGAAUCAUGAAGGCAAAUUCUCUUGGGUGAAAUACCAUUUUGUCACCAACCAAGGUAUCCAAAACAUCCCACCUAAGGAAGCAGAAAAACUAGCAGGCCAAGACACUGAUUACCAUACAAGGGACCUUUACAAUGCAAUCGCAAAAGGUGACUAUCCAUCCUGGGACUUUUUCAUACAAAUUAUGACCCCAGAACAGGCUGAUAAGAGUCCUUAUGAUCCUUUUGAUCUAACUAAAGUGUGGUUGCAUGCGGACUAUCCUUUAAUUCCUGUUGGAAGAAUUGUUUUAAAUAAGAAUCCUAGUAACUAUUUUGGAGAGGUUGAGCAAAUUGCAAUGGAUGUGGCUCAUUUAAUUCCAGGUAUUGAGCCUUCUCCUGAUCGUAUGCUCCAAGCAAGAAUGUUCGCCUACAGAGAUACUCACCAGUAUCGUCUAGGCCCAAAUUACAACCAACUACCAGUAAACAGUCCUUACUCAGUUCACAAUUAUUCGAGAGAUGGUUAUGGUACUGUUAACAGUCAGGGAGGUGCACCAAAUUAUCAUCCCAACAGUUUCGAGGGUCCAGUAAAUGAUGAAAGGGCUCACGAACUUGCACCUAGUAUACCUUUACAUGGCGAAGCGAAAAGGAUUGAUAGUGGAAAUGAUGAUAAUUUUAGUCAGCCAAGAUUGUUGUAUCAAAGAGUUUUGAAGGAAGAUGAAAGGGAAAGGUUGGUUGAUAAUUUGGUUGAUUGGUUGAAAAGGACUACGCCUGCUAUUCAGAAAAGGACUAUUGAGAAUUUGUUUGAUCCUGUGGAUAAGUCGCUCGGGAAUAGGCUGAGAGAGGCUUUGUUUGGAGACGAAGGAGAGUUUCAUAUAGAAAUUUAG